CCCCGCGAAACAGCAUACCGAUUUCUCUCCGCGAGAGUAAAAGUGCUCCCUCCUUUCUCUCGAUUUCCCCCCUCGAAGGCCACCGAGAGCUCCGACGAUCAAAUCACUCAUCGUGCGCCGCCAAUCCGAUCCGAAUCCGGUGAUCAAUCAUGUCUUCUCUCGCAGCUGCCAGAGCAGAUAAUUUUUACUAUCCACCAGAAUGGACCCCCAAACAGGGUUCGUUGAACAAGUUUCAUGGCCAACAUGCCCUGAGGGAGAGAGCAAGAAAGAUAGACCAGGGCAUUCUAAUUAUACGAUUUGAGAUGCCAUUCAACGUCUGGUGCGGUGGAUGCAAUUCAAUGAUUGCCAAGGGUGUAAGGUUCAAUGCUGAGAAAAAGCAAGUGGGAAACUAUUAUUCAACAAAGAUAUGGAGCUUUACCAUGAAAUCAGCAUGCUGUAGGCAUGAAAUAGUCAUUCAGACAGAUCCAAAAAACUGUGAAUAUGUCAUCAUUGGUGGGGCCCAGCGCAAGACUGAGGACUUUGACAUUGAGGAUGCAGAGACAUUUGCUCUUCCAGCAGAUGAAGAAAGAGGCAAGCUUGCAGAUCCCUUCUACCGUCUUGAGCAUCAGGAAGAAGAUCUGCGGAAGAAGAAAGAAGCUGAGCCAUUGCUAGUCUGCCUUCAGAGAGUCUCAGACAGCAAGCACUCUGAUGACUAUAACCUUAACAGAGCUCUCCGUGCUCGUCUCAGAAGUCAGAAGAGAAAGGUUGCUGAAGAGGAGGAACAUGCAAGAGAGCUUGGCCUUGGAAUACGACUUCUUCCCCCAUCCAAAGAAGAUGCAGCAGAUGCAGCUGCUGUAAAAUUCUCUUCAAAGUUUGAUAGAAAUAGGAGGGAAAAGCGGGCAGCAAUUAAGGCUUCCUCCAUUUUUCCAGAGUCAUCAAGCUCUGUAUCAGGAAAUAAACGCGUGGGACUGGAGUUGAAAAGGAGGAGAAUAAAAGCAGCUACUGCAUCUGCUUUAUUGUCAGGUAGGUUCAAGCCAUCAUCAUGGCAGCUGAGCCAAAGAUCUGUGAGUGGACAGAAUGGAAUAUCAGUGGCUUCAAUAUGCAAAUAGUUAUAUGCAUGUAAUUCCAGUUUCAAGCAGAGCUGCAUGAUAAGAAGUAAGGUUGGAGAUCAGUGGCUCUGAUCUGCACAAUCGUCCUACAAUCAUCUUGAGGAAUUUGAUACAAUUUCAAGCAGAGCUGCAUGGUCAGUAAGUAGAGCUGGAGUUGGAAGGGGUGGCAUGAACGCUGAAAUACUGGAUGAUCGGUUCUGGCAAUUCCCAGUUAUUUGCAAGGACGAUUCGUUCUGGCAUAAAUGCUGAAAUACUGUAUUGCUUACAGUUUGUAGCCAUGAAUCCUCUUCAAUACAUUUGUGUUCCUUUGGUAAGGACUACUGUAACAUUGUAUAUUUGUAUGCAUAUGGUGAGGAAGGUGACAUUGAUCUGGAGUUUCAUUUA